UCCAGCACCUGGCUCUCAGCCUGGUGUGCUGAUGUGGAUCAGCGGCGCUCUGCCCCAACCUGCAGUCUCACCAAAGCUGAGUCGAGCUAACUCCACCACCAAGGACGAAAACACAACAACCAGUAAACCUGAAGAAGAAACAGGGAUGAUGGCUUGGAUCGCUCAGGGUUUGGAGAAAGUCGUCCCUCAGCCUGAUGUGAACAGGAAGGAGACACCACCGGCUCAGCCGCCCACUGAGGUGCAUCAAACAGCAGCUGCAACAGCUGCAGAGCUUCAGGUCACUGUGGUGGAGGUGGGAUCAACCCGAGAGGACAACAAGCCCCUCCCACCCAGGAUGAUCGACUGGAUUAAACACGGUUUAGAGAAGGUGGUUCCUCAGCCGGAGAUUCAUGUUCGCUCAAAGACUGAAGUCAACGAGAAGACUGAUGCUCCGGCUUCAACUGCAGUAGAGGCACCAAAACCUGCUCCGGCUCCAAAACCUGCUCCGGCUCCAAAACCUGCUGCUGAAACUGAAAA